AUGGCAGAAGAAAACGCCGGCCGGCCGGAAGAUAUCGGCCAUGCAGAAGAAAACAUCGGCCGGAAAGCUAUCUGCCAUGCAGAAGAAUGCAAUAAAGAAGCUUUGAAGGAGGAUCAAGUUGAAAUAGCAAGAGCAGAAAUGAGUCAAGUCAAAGAAGAGAAUGCCAGGUUGAAGAUGCUCUUGGAGAAAAUAGAUCAUCACUACACUUCCCUCCAGAUGCAUUUUACUGGGAUUUGCCACACCCAAAAAAGCUCUAAUGAAGCUGAAGAUGGUGAUAAAAUAAUUGCAGAUUCAUCAUCAAAGCUUGAAGAAGAACCAGAACUGGUAUCUCUUUCCCUAGGGAGAAGUAGUGGUAGUCCAAGUGAACCUAAGAAGCAGCAACAUGAAGAGAAACAGCAUCAUUUGCCCAAGGAAGAUGAUGAUCUUAGGCUUGGUUUAAACUUCAAUUCUUUGGAAGACUCCAAAUCGGAACGAAAAGAUCCAUUAAGCCCUGAAAACAGCCAAGCAGAGGAAGAGGAAGAAGGAAAAGAAGCUUGGUCACCAAAUAAAGCUUUGAAGGUUGCCAAAAGUGGUGCAGAUGAUGAUCUUUCUCAGUCUGGUACUAAGAAAACCAGAGUUUCUGUUAGAACCAGAUGUGAUACCCCAACGAUGAAUGAUGGAUGUCAAUGGAGGAAAUAUGGACAAAAGAUUGCAAAAGGUAACCCUUGUCCUCGGGCGUAUUACCGCUGCACAGUUGCGCCAUUAUGUCCUGUUAGGAAACAGGUGCAAAGAUGUGCUGAGGACACUUCCAUCUUGAUAACCACCUAUGAAGGAACACACAACCAUCCACUUCCAUUUUCGGCCACAGCCAUGGCUUCCACCACAUCUGCAGCAGCUUCCAUGCUCUUGUCUGGCUCUUCUUCGAGUUCCAAAUUCACCUCCAAUGGUAAUUUAAGUACCAACCUGAUUGGCCUAAAUGUUAACCUGGCGGAUAACACAAAAUGUCAACCGUAUUACUUGCCAAAUACUUCUGCAACAUCACAUCCUACAAUCACUUUGGAUCUCACCAACGGUCCACCCACAGCAUCAAAUCAAUUCAAUAUAUUCUCCUCCGCGAGCUUUCAAUCGACCCCAAGAUUGAAUUCCACUAGUUUAAGCUUCCUACCGUCACAACCAAGCCUGUUAUCAUCAAUCUGGGGCGACGGAAAUCUCAGCUAUGGGGCAAACACAAUGGCUUAUAGCAAGAAUCAGAUGAUGGGGUCUUUACAGCCUGGAAGAAUUUCUCAAGAACAAAGUUACCAGGUGCCACUUUUGCAGAAGAAUAAUUACCAAGCUGCAGCAGUACCCUCAGAACAGGCUCUGACUGAAUCUUUAACUAAAGCGAUCACAUCCGAUCCUCGUUUUAGGUCAAUGGUUGCAGCUGCGAUUACAACAAUGGUGGCUAAAGGUAGCGGCUCUGCUAGUGCAAGUGGAGUAACCCUAGUCAGCAAUGAUAAUAAGUAUGAAGGUUUAGGAAAUAUAAUGAAGUGGGAUGAUAAAACCACAGACUGGGUCAAGAUGAAAGACUGUUCAGUAGCUAGUUUCUUAAAUCAUUCACCAUAUGCUGCACAACGAAGCACAAGCUUGAGGAAACAACAAUCUCAACCACCAUUUUCUGUGUCAAAGACAGCUGCUUCUGCAACCCUACCUGAAAAUGUAGAUCAAACCAGUCGAAUACUAUUGGAGUGA